CAAUGCCACCGCGAUUGCGACACGCGAAGGAAGAUCGUCUUGGGGGGAGGAAGACUCCGGAGUAUAAAAGGUCGAAAUGUCUCCGGGCAGAUGUUCAUCGCCCUGGCAUCACACGGCUAACAUGAAGCUCCUCCUGUUCACGUUUGUGGUCUGCUUCGCGGCAGCUCUAGCAGCGCCGGCCGAUAAGCAAAAGAGGGACAUCCUGCCAGGCGAUCCGCGCUAUGGAACCGAGCAUCAUCAUCAUCAUCACGAGCAUCAUGAAAACGAAAAUGAGGUACAGAUUUCAAAAGCCGCCGGCGGCUACAUAGGUUCUUACACAGUUCCAGACGACACGGUUCCAGCGGACCAAUCGUUCCAGGUACAACCUCAACCGGAAUACGGUCUGCCCAACCACACACCCGGCAAGCCUCUGGUAGCUGAUGUCUUCGAGUCCGGUGAUGCCGACAAGAACAGCGCUUCCCUUCUCGUGCCAUCUACCUCCUACGGGAUACCCGAUACCGUUCAGAUUCUUAACAAUUACAUUGGACCUGUCGUUGAUGAUAAAAAGCCUAUUGUUAUCAAGACUACCGUCCAGGAACAGCCGAAAUUCGAUACUGUGCAUCUGCAGAAGACCGUGAUCCCCGAGGUCCACCACGUGCAGCAGCCAGCGGUCGUUCAAAAGCACGUGGAAAUUCCGCAUGUCUCCCUUCCACAGGUGAAGGUGUCGGCGUCUCAUCUGCCCACGGAGACCCAAGGUGCGGUUCGGAAUGGCGUGUCUUCCUACACCUCUGUCAACAACUUCCCCAAUCACUACGCAUACUCCUCGUACGGCAACCUACCCGUGAAAACCAUAGAUCACCACGUACAAGUGCAAGUGCCCCAACCGUACCAUGUACCGGUGACCAAACACGUCGCCGUCCCCGUUCCCGUUCCGCACACCGUUGAGAUCCCCAAACCCUACUACGUUCGCGUCCCCCAACCCGUCCAGGUCACCGUGGAUCGUCCGUAUCCCGUAGAAGUGCCUCGUCCAGUGCCGUACCCCGUGCACCAUUACGUAAAAACUGGCGUACCAGUUGCUCAUCACGUGGUAGCCACCGGCAUCAAGGCCAAUCCGUUCCAAACCUUCUUCGACAACACCCAGUCGACGUUCCAAAACGUGUUCGCGGGCCUGCCGACCUUCUCGAAUCCGCUGGAGAGCUUCCCGAAUCCGUUCGAGAACGGAUUUGACAUCUCGUCCAUUCCAGGCAUAUCUUUCAUACCUGGCCCCAUACAGUCGCUUAUACCGCAACAGAUUCCGGGAGUACCCACGCCCGAGCCCUCUCCGGUCGGCAGUGACUCGGUUGCGGUCGAGAACCCGGCGUUGAAGACCGAAACCACAGUUACCAAAACCUCAGUCCAACCGACCAUCACGCACAUCAAAACGGUCCCACAGGGGUACAAGCCCACCACUGCGUGCGCCGGAUGCACCGUCACCUCCGCCAGCAGCAAGCAGGAAUACGUGCAACCCACUGAUGCCAACGGUGGUUACGUAUAUUAGAAUGUUUAUCUUGUAAUAUGGACAAUAAAAUAGGCUACUGGAAUUUCUUGAUAGAAAUACGUAUUUACGCCGGAGAAUUGCUCAGCACAACUCAUCACUGAAGUGUCGAAUCGAUCGGAAAAGUUCGCUCGUGCUUUUUCCUCUAUAACGGUCUACGUAGCUACUUUCCUAAUAAUAUUUAUAUCUUCGAUUAAAUCGAAGCUAUUGGGAAGGUGUGUUCUUUUACGCACUAACAAGGUACUAUAAAAGACGACCGUCCCUAGAUAAAUUUUUGCGUUUAUCUAGUGGCUUCGGUUGAAUCUGGAAAUAAUUGUGAAAAUUGUGUAGAUGUUAUUGACUGUCUUUUCAAUUGUUAACAUAAAUAUUGGAAUGAUUAGCUCAGAAAUAUAAAAAAAUUAUCAUUUAUGUAGAGAUCAUUAUUAUAUAAAUUUUUAGUAAACAUAAGCAUACAUAUUUACGGCGUAAUAAUAUUAUAUUUUUAUUAUGUUUUUUCCAUGAUUAUUAAACACUGAUAAUAGUGAAUGUGAAUAUGUAAGCUUCCAGAAGAUAAUCGAUUUUUAAGUAUCUUAUCGGUGUUUUGUAUAAUUUUUGAAGAAGAAUCUUAAACUCUAUCUUUGAUGACUUAACUUAUCAAAAUCAUAUUUCUGUUAUUUGGUCUUUAUAAAUUUUUAUGAAGAAAUCAUGUACAUCUAAGGAUUAAAUAGUUUAUAAAUUUACUUAAUAUUUAAAUAAAUAAAUUUUCCAAAAUGUUAAUACUCUUUUUAAUUUUCUAUGCAACGUUUUACUCUAAUAAAGAAGCUACAUCAUCA